AUGGACUUUAGCAUCUCUCACAGGCACCCGGGCAGCCUGCUGAUCACACUCGCCUAUGCCGGCCACCUACUCAGCGUCAAGGUCGCCAACAAGUUCUUGGUCCACCGGCUGAGCAUUCUUCAGAACACGGGUGACGCGGUGACUGUCUCGUUGACGAACAUCGAGCGACCUACGGAUCCGGGCUGGGUUGAUUGCUGCUCACAUAUCCAAAGAUGGCACAUCAAGUUUGAGGCGUGGUAUGAUAGCGCGACGAUGGUGACGGAGUACUCGGCACUCUACUGCUAUCCGAGCGAGGCGAGCUUCUACAUGAACACUUGCACUCGAAAGAUAUUGCGAGAGAUCAUGCCGGAGACGGUCACACAGUGCUCGUGUCCUCUCAACGAAGUCGUCAACCCUGCCGCGGGUGCAUACGGUGCCAAGAUUGGCUGGAAAGGAUACGAGUUUCGGUCGAGUCCGGACUCGACGAGCUCGCUCAGGGUUCGUGGAGUGCCUAUGGAAGAGAUUGCGUCUCUGGCAUGA